CUGAGCCACCGUAGUGGUGAUAAACAAACGACAGGCAGCUGUUUGUUCGUGUUAGUGCUCACGUGGAGGGAUUUGCAGCGUGGAGCGCACUCAAAAGUGUCGCAGAAGCAACCAGCUCGUAUCUCAAUGGAGCCUGUCAUAAAAAUAAACUCAGGGGCGUCGAAAUGGGACAUACGUCAGAAAGUGUGGGACUACAUAGAAGAGAAGAACUUGGCCAACUUUCCAAGACCUGUCCACAACAGAAUCCCAAACUUCAAGGGCGCAAUUCAAGCAUGCAAUCGACUGGCAGAGCUGCAGCAAUUCAAGUCCAGCCAGACAGUCAAAGGUGCUUUUGCUAGCUGUGCCAAACUCACAGAGCUGGCAGUCUUCUCCCAGUCAGCUGAGGUGAAGGUGGAUCCCGACAAACCUCUUGAGGGCGCACGGCUGGCAGUGCUGCAGGCACACAAAACGUUAUUGGUUCCAACUCCUCGUCUUCGCACCGGCCUCUUCAACAGGAUCACCCCUCCACAGGGUGCCAGCAAAGAGCAGCUGCGUGUAUGCUCCUCAUCCCAGGGAGUGAGGGACUUCAGUGUGCCUGUUGGCCUGGAUGCUAAGGUGAAGGUAGAUUUGGUGGUGGUUGGUUCUGUUGCCGUCUCAGAGAAAGGCUUCCGGAUCGGAAAGGGGGAAGGCUUUGCAGACAUGGAGUAUGCCAUGAUGGUUUCAAUGGGAGCCGUGGAUGAGAACACCGUGGUUGUGACUGUAGUCCACGACAGCCAGGUGGUUGAUAUUCCAGAGGAGCUCAUGGGCAGUCAUGAUCUGACUGUUGACUUCAUACUCACACCCACCAGAGUCAUUGAAACUCACUGCAAGCUACCAAAACCACAGGGAAUCAUCUGGACCAAGCUGGACGAGGAAAAGCUGGAGAAGAUCCCCAUCCUGAAGAAGCUGCGUGCUCUGGAGGAACAGGCUGGGAAGGAUGUCACCAUGGGGGCGACCUCACCCGGUCUGGAGACUGAUCAACCAAAACAGCAGCCCAAGCGGAGGCCGAGACAAAACACGCAGCAGGAUGCUGAGGGGGAACGCAGACGGGAGAGAAGAGCAGAGCCAGAACAGAAGGCGAGACAACAAACGGCCAGAGUGAGGAAAGAAAGCGAAGGAAGACGGGAGAGGGAGGGAGAAGCUGCCAAUGUAACAAAGGGAAAAAGCACUAAGAUUGUAAAACAAGAGGGUGAUGUCCCAACUGAGAGUAGAUCUCCUCCCAGUGUAACUACAGUGUACCUGGGAGGAAUCCCUGCUGGGCUCCGUGUGAGUGAGCUGAAAACUGCGCUCCGAGAGAGGAAAGCUGCUCCGCUCAGACUCACCUGGCAGGGAGCUCAGCACAGGGCCUUCCUGGAUUACACUGACCCCCAGGCUGCCGACCAGGCUUUAGAAGCUCUGCAGGGUCUCAGUCUGAACGGCCACAAUCUGCAGGCUGAGAUGGCCAAGAGCCAGCGUGGAGGCAGGAGGUCUGGACAGCCCAGUAAGAGACAAAGACCACCCAUUGUUUCAAAGUCUAAAAUACCUCCAGAAACCAAGAGUGGCACUAAGGAAACGGAGUAAAUAAACAACAAAACCAAUGCUUUUAAACAGAUACAUAGAAAGAGUUGAAGUUCGUUUUGAUUAGUUGCAUGAAGCCAGGAAAAAUAGUGGUAGAGGAAGUUUGAUUUAGUUGUUUUUUUUCUACUUUACAGUUAGGCGUGCAUGAAUGUGCCUUAAUCAUUUUACAUCAUCUCUCAUGGAAGGCAAUCAUUGCAAACUACAAAUGAUUGUUCUUGAUUUGAUACAAAUAACAUAAAUGUAUUAUAAUUUAGGUAAAUAUAAUUUUAGACCACUAAAUCUACUUGUUAUCUUUAAAAAAACAAUUUAAAUGUAGCUGUAAGAGCUGAACUUCAGCUGCAAAUGGCACCAUCGUGUGGUCAGUAUCACGAUGUGUUAUCCAGCUCUUUGACAAACAUCACAAAUGUUACUGGAAAAGUUUUUGGGAUUUUUGUCAUCUGCAAAUGUAUUAAUCUUUUAAAAAGUAUGCGAGAAUUGAGUUAUUAGCUAUUAUCUUAUAGUGCCACCAUGGCAACCUAAUCUAAGAAAAGUAAUAUACUUUUUGCCACAGUGUUCAAACAUGACAGUCAUAGAAAGGUCACAUGUAUUUUGAGUUGUACUGGUUACGUUUGGGUUUAUUGUUGUGCUUUUUAAGAAAGUUAUUAGUGUAUAAAAACAGUUAAACAGCAAAAGUUUCUGCUCAUUUUUCCGUAAACUUUCAUUUCAUUUCUCAUAAUUAUAACAGCUUGCUGGUUCCAGCGUAUUCUUUUUCCUUUUGUAGAUGUCUUUACAUGUCUACCUGAAUCUUUAUUCUUAUAACGAAGAAUAAACAUUUCUCUUUCUUUAAAA